AUGUUUUCGCCUCCACCACAUCCUUUGGUGGAUUCUCGCGGUGGUCAACGCUUUUUGUGGGAGCGUGUCUUGAACCACUGCAACGUGAAUGGCAUCCGGACGAGUUACCUCGUUCGCUGGCGUGGCUACCCACCAGCCUGGGACAGCUGGGAGCCUCGUGCCCAGCUGAUUGUUGAUGUUCUGGGUCUCGACGAGCAAUAUGACGAGACCCACCCGUUGCGUUAG